GAGGUGCCAGGCCCUGGCGGCUCCGGUCUCCUUCCUGGUCCUGCGGGCCGGGACCGUCCGCGGGGCUGCGGGAGGGGGCCCGCGCCUGCCGUUCGCCCAGCCGCUCCGCCCGGCCUGGCCCAUGGCCCUGGUCACCGUGAGCCGCUCGCCCCCGGCCAGCGGCCACUCCACGCCCGUGGGGCUCGCGGGCGCCGCCGUCAGGGGCCGAGGCCGGCUGCAGCGCAGGCAGAGCUUUGCAGUGCUCCGUGGGGCUGUCCUGGGACUACAGGAUGGAGGGGACAAUGGUGACGGGGUUGAGGCUGGCUCUGAGCCAGUGGACGCCGCCCCUGGUGAGGAACCACCCCACAGUGACCAGACGGACGGGCAGGGGGCCCAGAGUCCCUGGAAACAGGUGCAAAGGCAGCACCUGCACCUCAUGGUGGAGAUGCUGAGGCCCCAGGAUGACAUCCGCCUGGCAGCCCAGCUGGAGGCAGCCCGACCCCCUCGGCUCCGCUACCUACUGGUGGUCUCCUCAGGAGAAUGUCUAAGCCAGGAGGAGACGGUGCUCCUGGGGGUGGACUUCCCUGAUAGCAGCUCCCCCAGCUGCACCCUGGGCCUGGUCUUACCCCUCUGGAGUGACACUCAAGUGUACCUAGACGGAGACGGGGGCUUCAGUGUGACAUCUGGUGGGCAGAGCCGAAUCUUCAAGCCCAUCUCCAUCCAGACCAUGUGGGCCACGCUCCAGGUGUUGCACCAGGCAUGCGAGGCGGCUCUUGGCAGUGGCCUUGUGCCUGGUGGCAGUGCCCUUGCCUGGGCUGCCCAGUACCAGGAGAAACUGAACUCGGACCAGAGCUGCCUCAACGAGUGGACGGCCAUGGCUGACCUAGAGUCCCUGCGGCCCCCUACGGCUGAGUCUGGCCAGUCAGUGCCCUCAGAACAGGAGCAGAUGGAGCAGGCCAUCCGGGCUGAGCUGUGGCAGGUGUUGGACUCCAGUGACCUAGAGACCAUCACUUCCAAAGAGAUCCGCCAGGCCCUGGAGCUGCGCCUAGGCUGCCCUCUCCAACAGUACCGCGAUUUCAUCGACAAUCAGAUGCUCCUGCUCAUGGCCCAGCAGGACCGGGCUUCCAGAAUCUUCCCUCACCUUUACCUGGGCUCUGAGUGGAAUGCAGCCAACCUGGAGGAGCUGCAGAGAAACAGGGUAAGCCACAUCCUGAACAUGGCCCGGGAGAUUGACAACUUCUACCCCGAGCGCUUCACCUACCACAACGUGCGCCUGUGGGAUGAGGAAUCAGCCCAGCUGCUGCCGCACUGGAAGGAGACGCACAACUUCAUUGAGGAGGCGAGAGCGCAGGGCACCCGGGUGCUGGUCCACUGCAAGAUGGGUGUCAGUCGCUCGGCCGCCACGGUGGUGGCCUAUGCCAUGAAGCAGUAUGGCUGGGGCCUGGAGAAGGCUCUUCUCCACGUGCAGGGGCUCCGGCCCAUCGCCCGGCCCAACCCCGGCUUCCUGCGCCAGCUGCAAACCUACCAGGGCAUUCUGACUGCCAGCCGGCAGAGCCAUGUCUGGGAGCAGAAAGUGGGUGGGGCCUCCGCAGAGCCGCCCCUGGCCCCCGAAGUCUGCACCCCCUACCCACCUCUCCCACCAGAACCAGGGGGCACCGGGGAGGUGAAGGUUAUGGAUUUGGAGGAAAGUCCAGUGGGCCCCAAAGAAGAGCCUGGGCUGCGGCCCCGGAUCAACCUCCGGGGGGUCAUGCGCUCCAUCAGCCUCCUGGAGCCCUCGGAGCUGGAGCCAGAUAGUGUCCAGGAGGCUGCUGACCUGCCAGAGGUUUUCUCUUCCCACGAGUCUUCAGAUGAAGAGGGAACUCAGCUCUCAAGAGCUAAGGGAGGCCACCGGCUCCGCAAGGGGCCUUGGCCUGCCCUGAAGUCUCGCCAGUCUGUGGUGGCCCUGCAGAGCGCUGCCCUCGUAGCCAGCCGGACCCGGGCCUUCCAGGAGCAGGGAGAGGACAGCAUGUGCUCCACGCCCAGACUUUGGAAGGUGGUGAGACAGACCAGCGUGGAUGACAGCCAGGAGGAAGGCCAGGCCUGAGCCCUCCCUUUAGUGUACCCCUAGACACUAAAUAGACUUGGACAGGCACCCCACAUGCCUGGGGACCACAUGCUCCUUAGCCCUCUCAGCCCUCCCAAGACCUGUCACCGCAGCCUCAGGACUGAGACCCGCCUCCACUGUCAAGGGCUCAAGACUUUAAGGGGGAUGUGGGUAGUGACUGAAGGUGCCUUCUGGGGUGACAAUACCCCCAUGUUCAUUUUCAACUCACCCUAAAAUGCUCACCUGCAGCCAUGGAAUCAAACCCAGAGUUUUCAGGGCAGAUUUUCUGUCUCAAGCUCUCCACCAUGGUCCACCGUCCCCGGCUCCACCUCUCCUGCCUUCCCCACUGUGCUGCUAGAGGCUCUUGGUCAGGGAACAAUGUCCCAAAGGAACCCUAGUCCCCCUGCCCCGGGGACUGGCAGGCCACCUGCCCUGUACACCUCACACCUGGCCUAGAGUCUCCCCCGGUGCCCCCUACAUUCCUCCCUCUUCUACCCCCACCCACCCUCCUCUCAUGGCCCUCACUGAGUCACAGGGCGCCAGGCCAAAAGAAGUCUUUUGCUCCGCGGCCAGUCACUUUUUCAUAGUCUUAUAGUAUGUGGCUUUGUACUGAGAAAUAAAAACAUUGUUAUUUUCCA